AUGGCCACCGACUCGACACAUACGCAAUCGCAGGUCUACCUCUCCACAAGAGGUGGCGACUACGGUCUUACCUUCGAGAAUGUUGUCCUGAAGGGAUUGGCUGCCGAUGGCGGUCUUUUCCUCCCCCAUGAGAUUCCCGAAGCGACAGAAUGGCAAAGCUGGAAGGAUCUCUCGUACCAGGAACUGGCCUUCCAGAUCUUCAGCCUAUACAUCUCCCGCAGCGAAAUCCCCGCCGAGGAUCUACAAGGCAUCAUCAACCGAAGUUACUCAACAUUCCGCGCCGAGGAAGUUACGCCUCUUGUCGACUUGAAGGAUAACCUAAAACUCCUCGAGCUGUUCCACGGCCCUAGUUACUCCUUCAAGGAUUGCGCUCUGCAGUUCCUCGGAAACCUAUUCGAGUACCUCCUUGCGCGAAAGAACGAGGGCAAGGAGGGUAAAGACCGACAUCACUUGACUGUUGUCGGUGCGACAAGUGGUGAUACUGGAUCCGCCGCUAUCCACGGUCUCCGUGGCAAGAAGGACGUGUCAGUUACCAUUCUGCACCCCAAGGGCCGUGUCAGCCCUAUCCAGGAGCUGCAAAUGACAACAUGCACCGACGCCAACGUCCACAACCUUGCCGUCACCGGUACCUUUGACGAUUGCCAAGACAUCGUCAAGGCCCUCUUUGGCGACCCUGAGACCAACGCCUCUUUGAAGCUCGGUGCCGUCAACUCCAUCAACUUCUCCCGAAUUCUCGCCCAGAUCGUCUACUACUUCUACUCAUACUUCUCCCUGGCCAGGAAGGACCCCAACUUCAAGGUUGGCGACAAGGUCCGCUUUGUUGUCCCCACUGGAAACUUUGGAGACAUCCUAGCUGGAUACUUUGCGACUCGCAUGGGUCUCCCCGUCGACAAGCUUGUUAUCGCGACUAACGAGAACGAUAUCCUUGACCGAUUCUGGAAGUCCGGAAAAUACGAGAAGCAGCCCGCCAAGGGCCCCGAGGCCGAGGGUGGUCUUGAAGUUGAUGGAGUUAAGGCUCAUGAGGAGGGUGUGAAGGAGACUCUGAGCCCUGCUAUGGAUAUUCUCGUGUCUAGCAACUUUGAGCGUCUUCUCUGGUUCUUGGCUUACGAGUUCGCCGCGACCGUCGGAAUGGAUGUUGAAUUUAACAGAAAACAAGCCGGUCAAGAAGUCGAGGCUUGGCUCAAGGACCUCAAGGUCAAGGGAGGUUUCGGCCCUGUCUACGUGGAUGUCCUCAACAGCGCCCGCAAGACCUUCGAGAGCGAGCGUGUCAGCGACCCUGAAACCCUCGAGACCAUCAAGAGCAUCUACGAGCAGGUCGGAUACGUUCUCGACCCUCACUCCUCCAUCGGUGUCACCGCCGCUCUCCGAUCCGCUCAACGCGCCGAGGCCAACAUCCCUCACAUCUCCCUCUCCACAGCUCACCCUGCCAAGUUUGCCGGUGCCGUUGAGCUUGCUCUCAAGGACGAGAAGGACUUCAACUUCCAGGAGAAGGUUCUUCCCGAGGAGUUCAUCGGUCUUGAGAAGCUGCCCAAGCGUGUCUCUGAUGUCUCAAAUGACUGGAAGGCCGUGAGGGAGCAGGUCAAGGCGCAGGUUGAGAAGGAGCUUAACGGAGAGCUUUAA